GAGGAAGUGACCGGGAAUUGAAUUGAAAACAGGUUGCUUUCAUGCUACCUCCCUUCUUAAUCACUCACCGAAAAGUUCCCAUCUUUAUUGUUUUCGUUAACAUUAAUUAAAAUAAAAACCGCAUUCUUUCACUUCACAUUUUUCAACAACAACAACAAUGUCAGAUCCCAAUUCCGCUUCCCAGAUUUCAUUCGCCCAAGCCUUCUUCUGCAGCGCUUUCGCCGCUUGCUUCGCCGAGUUUUGUACUCUUCCUCUGGACACAGCUAAGGUCAGGCUUCAACUCCAAAAGAAGGUUGGGAUUGAUGAAGAAGUAGGUUUACCUAAGUACAAGGGCCUGCUGGGGACAAUGAAGACCAUUGCUCGAGAAGAGGGUAUAUCAGCUUUGUGGAAAGGCAUUGUUCCUGGUAUUCAUCGCCAAUGUGUGUAUGGAGGCUUAAGAAUUGGGUUAUAUGAUCCUGUCAAAACGUUUCUUGUUGGUAGUGCAUUCGUUGGAGAGGUUCCUUUGUACCAUAUGAUACUUGCUGCUCUGUUGACUGGUGCUCUGGCAAUCACGGUUGCUAAUCCAACUGAUCUGGUCAAAGUUAGACUUCAAGCUGAAGGCCAGUUGCCACCAGGGGUACCUAAGCGUUAUUCUGGUGCCAUGGAUGCUUAUUCUACUAUAGUGAGACAAGAAGGAUUAGGGGCCUUGUGGACUGGGCUUGGGCCAAACAUAGCAAGGAAUGCAAUUAUAAAUGCUGCUGAACUAGCUAGCUAUGAUCAAGUGAAAAUGACGAUUUUGAAAAUUCCAGGGUUCACAGACAGUGCAUUUACUCACCUUUUAGCUGGCUUAGGUGCAGGUCUUUUUGCUGUCUUUAUUGGUUCUCCAGUUGAUGUGGUGAAAUCUAGAAUGAUGGGCGAUUCAACCUACAAAAGUACGUUUGACUGCUUUCUCAAGACUUCAUUUAACGAGGGAUUUUUGGCCUUCUACAAAGGUUUCCUUCCUAAUUUUGGUCGAGUAGGAGCCUGGAAUGUGAUUAUGUUUCUUACCCUUGAACAAGCCAAGAGAUUUUUCAGCGGAUAAGUGUAGUUACUGUUGAUCAUAUGAGAUUCAUGAAGCAGUUUGUGUUCUUACUUGGAUGACUGCUGCCAAAUUGUCAACAAAUUUGUUCCAACUGAAAGAUGGCUUUAACAAAUCAUCUGCGACGUGGAUUGAUUCAUGCAUCAGAUAUUCUUUGUCAGUGAAGAAACCGUGAAAUUCUACAUUUUUCUAUUUUUGUUUCCUACUUGUGCCUUGUAGAUGCAAUGGAUCGAUCAUUCUUAAAUCUUAACCAAUGAAUUGGCCCUCUUUGGGGAUCUACA